AUGUCGUACCAGCACCCUCUUCGACAAACACAGACGGCCGACUACUACUCCUCUACCAAGCGCCAGCCCUCAAACGCCUCCACGGCCUCGUCAGCCUACUCAAACUCCUCUGCGGUCUUCGAGCUGAGCCGGACAAGCACGCGGUCCUCAGCAGCAUCGAGCGGAUAUACCAGUUACAAACGGGGGGUCAGCGACGCAUCAGCCAUGGCGCCCUCUGCCAUAGAGACGAGGAUAGCCAAUCUGAGCCUCGAAUCAAGCCCGGAUAGCGCAUACAAGAGUGUACGACAGUCCCUCCGACCCCUCCCUCAACCGCCGUCCCCGACUCCCUCACGACAUGUACGCAGCGGACUCCAUAUGCGCGGGCAGAGUGUGGAUAUCUUAAAGAGCUCGUUUGGAGAGCCCCCACCGAGCCCGACCUCACGCAAUACGUCAAUACGACCCAACUCGAUGAUCCUCAGCCGCGCAGACUCUACAUCUCGCGCGGGUCACGGUCGGAGUAACACCAUGCAACACGUUCAUAGCCCACUGACUGCUCCAGAUCUGGAGCAGCUCCAGCGCUCUUCGACAAGUCAACUACGAGUCCUGUCGAAAUUCGCAGCAGAUUCGAACCCAGACGAGUUCACGAUCAAGAGUCCUGCGCAGGAAGUAGCUGGGCUGCAUGGGCGGAGGAGAUUGCAGCGGCAGGAUGGGCCCAAAGGUGCCAACAAUAACGUUGCGCUGACUAGGGGAAAUGCUUACGGCUGGGAGGGGCGGAAUUGGAUGGACAAGCAGAGACAGUUCUUGCAGGCUUACGAGUACCUCUGUCACAUUGGUGAAGCCAAGGAGUGGAUUGAGGAUAUCUUACAGCGCCCCAUACCACCGAUUGUCCAACUCGAGGAGGCGCUGAGGGACGGAGUCACGCUGGCCGAGAUAGUCGAAGCAUUAUACCCUGAUCGAAGAAUACGCAUUUUCCGGAAUCCCAAACUUCAGUAUCGGCACUCUGACAAUAUAGUUACAUUUUUUAGAUUUCUCGCCGAGGUCGAGCUGCCCGACCUCUUCCGAUUCGAGCUGAUCGACUUGUACGAGAAGAAGAAUAUUCCCAAGGUCAUUUACUGCAUACAUGCUUUGAGUUGGCUGCUGUUCAGGAAAGGGAUCGUUGAUUUCCGGAUUGGAAAUCUCGUCGGACAGCUGGAAUUUGAACAUCACGAGUUGGAAGAGAUGCAGAAGGGUCUGGACAAGGCAGGGGUCAGCAUGCCUAGUUUUGGAAACAUGAGCGCGGAUUUUGGAGUCGAGCCAGCACCAGAGCCCGAGCCCGAACCCGAACCGGAGCCUGUUGAGAGCGAGGAGGACCGGAUCCAUCGAGAACUGAACGAGAAUGAAAUGGUGAUCCUCGACCUACAGGCUCAGAUGCGCGGAGCAGCUGUUCGGAUGCGCCUGGGAGACACCAUGCAACGACUCUGGGACUCGGAGGAUAUGCUCGUAGAGCUGCAGUCAAGAAUCCGGGGUGACUUUGCACGGCAAAUUGCUGAAUACCGCCUCAACAUGCGGAAAUUCGCGAUUGAUCUUCAAAGCCACGCACGCGGAUUCCUGGUCCGGCGGCGUAAAGCGAAUCGGGAAUCGUUCUGGAAGAGCCGAGAAUCGGAUGUGUUGAAGCUGCAGAGCUUGGUUAGAGCGAAGAAGGCUCGGAAUGAGGUACGCACCACACGCUCUGAGCUCAGACGGGAAGCUGCUCUUGUCAGGGAAUUGCAGGCUGGGAUUCGAGGACUCCUGGUCCGAAGGUCAAUGGCAGCCCAAGAAAAAGAGACGAGGACUUUAGCCGGGCCGGUGAAAGAUCUACAAGCAGCAAUUCGGGGCAUGUUACUCAGGAAUCACGUUGCAAAUGACCACGCAUCUCUUUGGUCCGGAGAGAGCUCUACUAGUGCGCUACAAGCAGCCAUCCGGGGCAUGUUUCUUAGAAACCAAGUUGCAAAUGACCACGCAUCUCUAUGGUCCGAAGAGAGCUCUACUAGUGCGCUACAAGCAGCCAUCCGGGGCAUGCUGACCAGGAACAAUAUGGCCAGCGACCACACAUCUCUUUGUCAUAGAGAAAGCUCUACCAUUUUGCUACAAGCCGCGAUCCGGGGCAUGUUGCUUAGAAACCAUGUUUCCAAUGACAAAGAAUCUCUUUGGCGCGAAGAAGGCUCUAUCAGUGCGAUACAGGCUUUCGUCAGAGCCAUGCUGACCAGAAACCAGCUUUCUCGCCAACACGAAGCCCUCGAAGCAUCAACGCCAAUCUGGGCGGCCCUCCAAGCGUGUGCACGGGGGCUGCUGCUUCGCAACCAGAUCGCGUCAACAAAGCAGGAACUCGAAUCCCACUCUGCACAGAUCACCGCUCUCCAGGCUUUUGCUCGUGCUGCUGCCGCUCGACGCGAGGUAGAGGCAACUCUCGCCGCCUUGCAGCAUGAGGAACCAUCCAUACUAGACGUUCAGACCUGCAUCCGAGGGAUGCUGCUCCGUCGGGAGGUGGCUGCCGACCACGAAAUCCUCUUUUCUCAGACGUCCAAGAUCGCUCAGUUUCAGGCCCUGGCUCGGGGAUUCCUACAGCGUCAAGAAACUGGAGCUCUGCUGGACGAGCUUCAAUCUCACGUCGAGGAGAUUGUGGAGCUCCAGGCUCUCUCGCGCGCCGUCCUCCUUCGAAAUGAUGUCGGGAUGGUUCUUGCUGAGCUCGACGCCGAGGAGGAAUCUAUUGUGGCCUUGCAAGCGGCCGCGAAAGCGUCAUUGGUUCGCGCCAAGUUCAGGGAAAAGCAGCGCUUCUUCAAGGAGAACAUGGAGAAGGUUGUCAAGAUCCAGAGCUUCGUUCGAGGUCGCCUGCAGGGAGAGGCGUACAAGAGCUUGACCACAGGCAAGAACCCUCCGGUCAACACGGUCAAGAACUUUGUGCAUCUCCUGAACGACAGCGAUUUUGACUUCAACGAGGAAAUCGAGUUUGAGCGCAUGCGAAAGACUGUUGUACAGCAGGUCCGCCAGAACGAGAUGGCCGAGCAGUACAUUGAUCAAUUGGAUAUCAAGAUCGCGCUACUGGUUAAGAAUAAGAUUACUCUGGAUGAGGUUGUCAAGCAUCAGAAGAAUUUUGGUGGCCACUCGGGUAAUCUCCUGGUCAACACUAACAUGCUCUCGGGCAACCAAUUCGACCUGAAAGCUCUCAACAAGAACUCGAGAAAGAAGCUCGAAUCCUACCAGCAACUGUUCUUCACUCUUCAAACCCAGCCACAAUAUCUUGCGCGACUCUUCAGGCGGAUCCGCGAGCAGGGAACAGCCGAGCGAGAUGCCAAGCGCAUUGAGACCUUGAUGAUGGGUCUCUUUGGAUAUGCCCAGAAGCGGAGAGAGGAGUACUACCUGCUCAAGCUUAUUGCACGCUCCGUCAAGGAGGAGGUCGAUGGAGUUCAGACGAUCCAGGAGUACUUGAGAGGCAACUUCUUCUGGUCCAAGCUCCUCGCCAACUACACGCGCUCGCCGAGGGACAGGAAAUAUCUUCGGGAACUUCUAGGGCCUCUCAUCCACGCCAACAUCAUCGAGGACCCAGCGCUCGACCUCGAGAGUGACCCCAUGCAAAUCUACCGGUCCGCAAUCAACAACGAGGAGCUGCGAACCGGUCGACCGAGUCAGCGUCCGCUCGACAUCCCUCGAGAGAUUGCCAUCAAGGAUCCGGAGACUCGAGACAUGUUCAUCGACCACCUGCGUGACCUCCGAGAAAUCUCGGAUCAGUUCCUUCUCGCCCUGGAAGCACUCCUUCACCGCAUGCCGUAUGGGGUCCGAUUCGUCUGCCAGCAAACAUUCGAAUUCCUGUGCGGGCAUUUCCCACGCGAACCUCAAACGCACCUGCUCCAGAUCGUGGGCCACUGGCUGUGGAGGUUCUAUCUCCAGCCAGCCCUCACCGCACCGGAGUCGAUGGGUGUAGUAGAGAGGCAACUGACGCCACUUCAGAAGCGUAAUCUUGGAGAGGUCGCCAAGGUUCUCGGCCAAGUCGCAUCCGGCCGACUGUUUGGCGGCGAGAACAUCUACCUCCAGCCGUUGAACGCGUACGUGGGCGACGCCAUCGAGCGGAUUACGUUAAUCUACUCGAACAUCAUCUCGGUACCCGAUGCCGAGGAUACCUUUGACAUUGACGAGUUCAACGACUUGUACGCACGCACGAAACCAACCCUCUACAUCAAGAUGGCAGAUAUUUUCUCGAUCCAUCAUCUCAUCGCGGCCGAUCUCCCCCACAUCUGUCCGAACCGCGACGAUAUGCUUCGGGAGAUCGUCCAAGAUCUUGGAAGUGCCCAGAAUAACGAAACCGAGAUGCUGGGCGUGACGUCGACCGAGAUCCACAUGAACCUGACCCCAAAGCUACACGAUAUUGAGGAUCCCGAAGCAGACGUCAAGGCACUCUUCAUGGAGACCAAACGAUGCAUUCUGUACAUCAUCCGGGUUCAAUCGGGUCCAAACCUCAUGGAGAUCCUCGUUCGCCCCAUCAGCCGCGAAGACGACAUGAAAUGGCACUCGCUGCUUCGAGAAGAGUUUGCAGAGGGUAGCAAGACGAGAGGCGCAUACUCGGAUGCCAACACAAUGGUGGAUAUCAAGUCCUUGUCGUACAAGGAGCUGAAGCGGACGGCGUUGGAGAACAUUAUGGAACUUGAGCAGAUGGGAAGGAUUUCUCGUCAGAACUUCUACCAAGAUAUCCUGAAUGCGAUUGCGUUGGACAUCCGGACCAAGAGUCGACGACGAGUGCAGAGACAGCGCGAACUCGAGGGGGUCAAACUCACGUUGGCGAACUUGAACGAGAAGGCCGAGUGGCUCGAGUCACAAAGGAAGAGUUACGACAACUACAUUGAACAAGCCAUGAUGACAUUGCAAAAGAAGGGCAAGAAGCGAUUCCUUAUGCCCUUCUCCAAGCAGUACAACCACGAGCGAGAACUGGAGCGAUCUGGGCGCAAGCCCAAAUUCGGAUCCUUCAAGUACUCGGCACGGACACUGUCCGACAAGGGCGUGCUCGUCUCUUGGAAGGGCUUCGAUCCUCGCGAAUGGGACAAGAUCAACCUCACCAUAUCCUGUGACGAAGUCGGUAUCUUUUUCAUCGAGGGCAGCAAAGGGAGCAUCCAGAUCCCGGGAGCCAGCGCCCAAGUACCGAUGGACUCACUCCUGGCUGCCCAGUUCGCCAAUCACCAAUACAUGGAUUUGUUCGAGGGCUGUAUGAGGCUCAAUGUCAAUUUGUUCUUGCACUUGUUGUACAAGAAGUUCUACCGCACGGACGGAUAA